AUGUCUGGCCCUUACGACCAAUACAACCAGCAAGGCUACGGUGGUGGCUACGGCCACAACCAGGGCUACCAGCAGCAGGGUGGCUACCCCCCUCAGGGCGGCUACCAGCAGGGUUACGGACAGUCCCAGCACCAGGGCUACGGCCAGGACUACAACCGUGGCGGAAGCUCCGGUGACUACUAUGGUGGUAGCAGCGGCGGCAGCUCCAACGACUACUACGGCGGGCAACAGUCCCACGGCCAGCAUCAGUAUGGCCAGCAGUCUCACGGCCAGUACGGUGGCCAGGACUCCUACAACCAGUACGGAGGUGACCAGCAACAGGCUCCCGGCGGUGCUCAGGAGGGUGAGCGUGGACUUGGUGGAGCUCUUGCCGGUGGUGUCGCCGGUGGCUUCGCCGGCCACAAGGCCGACCACGGUAUUCUCGGAACCAUUGGCGGUGCGAUCAUGGGCAGUAUUGCGGAGGAUGCCAUCAAGAAGCACAAGAACAAGAGCGAGCAGCAGCAGGGCCCCCCUGACUACGCCAGCGGAUACGGUAGUCACCAGGGUGGUCCCCCCUCGAACCAGGGUGGUAUGAUGGACCAGCUGGGCAACUUCUUCAACAAGCGGUAAAUGGAUCGACUCCAUUUCUCAUGCCCACCUCGCCUUCCUUCGAUUCACCUUCACCUCGUUGACGACUACCCUACGCCUUCGCUAAGCCUGGAAUACCUUUUUAAAUAUCUUUUGGCUGGUCGGGAUUCGCAAUAAAGUGCGAUCUUUUUCUUUACAUUUCCUUUUACACUACUAUCUUGAUUGGGUGUUUUCUUAUUUCCUGUUGUUAUUUGCGACCCUGAGUAUACCCUACUCAG